GGGUCCGAGGGACCAGGCCCUUCUCUUUGUCUGCUGCUGCCAGAGCCAUUUUAGGAAUGGGCAGAUGGGGAGAUGAUGGUGGGAAGCAGAAGCUCACCCUGCAGGAUGUGGCAGAGCUAAUUCGGAAGAAGGAGUGUCGCCGAGUGGUGGUGAUGGCUGGCGCUGGGAUUAGCACCCCCAGCGGCAUCCCAGAUUUUAGGUCCCCGGGGAGUGGCCUCUACAGUAACCUUGAGCAGUACAACAUCCCUUACCCAGAAGCCAUCUUUGAACUGAUGUAUUUCUUUGUCAACCCUAAGCCCUUUUUCACUUUGGCCAAGGAGCUCUACCCCGGCAACUACAGACCCAACUACGCCCACUAUUUCCUGAGACUCCUGCACGACAAAGGGCUCCUCCUGCGCCUCUAUACCCAGAAUAUCGACGGGCUGGAGAGAGUUGCUGGGAUCCCUCCCAAUAGACUGGUGGAAGCCCACGGCACCUUUGCCACCGCCACUUGUACGGUCUGUCGAAGGAAGUUCCCAGGAGAGGACUUCAGGGGGGACGUCAUGGCAGACAAGGUCCCUCACUGUCCUGUCUGCACCGGAGUCGUCAAGCCUGACAUUGUGUUCUUCGGCGAGGAGCUACCGCAGCGCUUCUUCCUCCACGUGACAGACUUCCCCACGGCAGACCUGCUUUUCGUCAUUGGAACGUCCCUGGAGGUGGAGCCCUUUGCCAGCCUGGCAGGAGCUGUUCGCAGCUCCGUUCCCCGAGUCCUGAUCAACCGAGAUCUCGUAGGACCCUUCGCCUGGCAGCAACGCUACAAUGACAUAGCCCAGCUGGGGGACGUGAUCGGUGGGGUUGAGAAGCUGGUGGAGCUGCUGGACUGGAAUGAAGAGAUGCAAACACUAAUGCAGAAGGAAAAAGCAAAGCUAGACGCAAAAGACAAAUAGGACAGCUGGCUCCCUGCUGCUGGAGAGCGAUGUUCACCUUGAAAAGGAGACGUUGUCGUGCCCAGCAUGGGCAGAGGAAGACUUCGUGGCAGGGAGCCGUGGAAGAGGCCGUCCGGCUCUGCAGCAGCAAAUCCACAGAGGACUGGCACGCUGGGGAGGAGGGGAUGCUCGCGGCUCAAUCCAGCCAGCCUGGAAGCAGAGCAGAGAGGCCUUCACCGGCGAAGGAAGGGAGGCUGAAGGGAGUGAAGCCCAAAUGCCAAGCUGCGAACUGGUUCUGCACGUGAAGGCUUUCCUACCUGAGACUUCAGAACAGUUGAUGUAGCCACUGAGCACUGCUCCCUCCUUGUCUUACCUCGUUUCAGGACGCACUAGGAGAGACUUUCCUCUUCCACGGCUCCGGCUGUCACCCCAUCAGCACACCAUUUGACGACGUCCAGCCAUGAGAGCUUCACCAGUAGGCGGCCGGGAGCUCGUGGGCUUGUGCCAGCGUGUCAGACGAGCUGUGCAUAUGCAGCUUGCUGUUUGGGUCUCCCUCUUUCUGAGCCAUCCAACCUCGGAGACCCUCAGAGGGCCUGGUUUUCAAGGAUCAGGAGUUGAAAACGCCAUGAAGGUCAGGCCUUAAGGCAGGACAGAAUCACUUCGUCUGGAGUGAGUUUUCCAGCUCCCCCCACCGGACUGAGCAUCUACCAACUCCUUUCACAGCUCCUCCUCAGAUACUCUUCUCUUAGUCACGAUCUUUCAGCUGCUGCAGACUUGUAGUGUUUAUUCUUCAGAGGAAAUCUCUGUUAAUCAGGGGACAAAUGCUGUCAUGGGGGGCCUGCCCCCAUUCCUAUUCAGGAACACCAGCUCAAGCUGCUGGAAGAGCUUUGAACCAGUCUAGUGUUAAUUAUUUAAUAAUAAAAAGAGUU